UACUACAACGAAAGAGUCUCUGCAUUUCUUGGGUUUUUUUCCUCUUUUCUUCUUCUUCUUCGUCGUCGUCGCUGAUCGUUUGUUGGGCGUGUGGUCAGAGAAGAGGAGGAAGAAGUUGGCUGCUCAAAAUGUCUGGAUGGGACGAGGGUGCUAUCUUUUACAGCGAUCAUACCCAAUUCCCGCCGGAAGGACAGGAACGCCACGGUUCCCAAUCCAGACACGCUGCCCUUGUUAAGUUCAAGGAGUUCAUACGAAGCUUUACUAACGAUAAGCGCGAAUUCGUCUACCGAGAGAGUCUCAUACAAAAUCCCAAGUUCCUGCUUGUCGAGAUGGAGCAUCUGGAUUCGUUUGAUACCGAUCUCACGACGAAGAUCCGGAAGCAGCCUGCGGAUUAUUUACCCUUGUUUGAAACUGCUGCUGGCGAGGUUCUUGCAGGUUUGCGGUCUAAAGUCGCUGGAGAGACGGGCGAAAUGGAGGAACCCAACAUAGGUGAUGUGCAGAUCCUGCUAUCUUCUAAGGAGGAUUCCUUGUCGAUGCGGUCACUUGGGGCUGAGUAUAUCUCGAAGCUUGUUAAGAUUUCUGGAAUCUCUAUUGCUGCAUCGAAAACGAAAGCGAAGGCGACAUAUGUGACAUUAUUGUGUAAGAACUGCAAGAAUGUGAGAACCGUUCCUUGUCGCGCAGGUCUAGGUGGAGCCAUUGUUCCUCGUUCAUGUGACCAUGUUCCUCAGCCUGGAGAAGAGGCGUGCCCAAUUGACCCUUGGAUAGUUGUUCCUGAUAAAAGCAAGUACGUUGAUCAACAGACGCUGAAGUUGCAGGAGAACCCUGAGGAUGUCCCAACUGGAGAGCUUCCACGACACAUGUUGCUGUCUGUUGACCGUCAUCUUGUUCAAACAAUUGUUCCUGGCACAAGACUUACAGUUAUGGGUAUCUACAGCAUCUAUCAAUCUUCCGGAUCUUCUGCCAACCAGAAAGGUGCAGUUGCAGUUAGACAACCUUAUAUCAGAGUAGUAGGUGUUGAGCAAGUGCAUGAAUCCAAUUCAUCUGGCCCUACAUCCUUCAUGAGAGAUGAGGAGGCAGAAUUUAAAGAAUUUGCUCAAAGACCAGAUGCAUAUGAAAAGAUAUGUUCCAUGAUUGCUCCUUCCAUAUUUGGGCAUGCUGAUGUUAAGAAAGCAAUUGCCUGCCUCCUGUUUGGAGGUUCAAGAAAGAAAUUGCCAGAUGGGGUGAAACUAAGAGGAGAUAUCAAUGUCUUACUACUAGGUGACCCAUCCACUGCUAAAUCUCAGUUUCUGAAGUUUGUUGAGAAGACAGCCCCUGUGGCUGUUUAUACUUCUGGAAAAGGUUCAUCUGCUGCUGGUUUGACCGCUUCUGUCAUUCGUGAUAGCAGCUCUCGAGAAUUUUACCUGGAAGGUGGUGCAAUGGUUCUGGCGGAUGGUGGAGUUGUCUGUAUUGAUGAAUUUGACAAAAUGAGGGUUGAAGAUAGAGUUGCUAUUCAUGAAGCCAUGGAGCAACAAACUAUUUCGAUUGCAAAGGCAGGAAUAACUACUGUGCUCAACUCUCGGACAUCAGUGCUUGCUGCUGCUAAUCCGCCAUCUGGUCGUUAUGAUGAUCUUAAGACUGCACAAGACAACAUUGAUUUGCAGACUACGAUUCUGUCACGAUUUGAUCUUAUUUUUAUUGUGAAGGAUAUCCGGAUGUAUAGUCAAGAUAAGCUUAUAGCUAGCCACAUCAUAAAAGUUCAUGCCAGUGCUGGUGCAAUCUCUAAGGAACCCGAUGCUAUAGAGGGAGAGAACUGGCUGAAGAGAUACCUUGAGUACUGCCGGGUGCAUUGCAUGCCACGGUUGUCAGAUUCUGCUGCGAGCAUGUUGCAAAGUAAUUAUGUCAGAAUCAGGCAGCAAAUGAGACAGCAGGCUAAUGAAUCUGGUGAGGCUACCGCGAUACCUAUCACUGUGAGACAAUUAGAAGCUAUAAUAAGGCUGAGUGAAUCCCUUGCAAAGAUGAGGCUAUCUGCUGUUGCUACGGAGGAGCAUGUUACGGAAGCUCUAAGACUCUUCCAUGUCUCCACGAUGGAUGCUGCACGAUCCGGGUUAAAUGAACAGAUGAAUUUGACAGCAGAAAUGAGAAACGAGAUAAAGCAAGCUGAAACGCAAAUAAAGAGAAGAAUGGGAAUUGGAAGUCAUAUCUCAGAAAGGCGGCUAAUUGAUGACCUUACCAGAAUGGGAAUGAAUGAAUCAAUUGUAAGGAGGGCGCUGUUGAUUAUGCACCAGAGGGAUGAGGUUGAGUAUAAGCGUGAAAGAAGGGUUAUUGUUCGGAAAGCUUGAGUGAGAAUUGGGCACUUCUGUGGUGAUUACAAGCAAGUGUUAAUGAACCUUUGGCUGCCAUUCUGCAGUGUCACCUAGGCUGUACCUGAACUUAUAGUGAACCUUGAGCCACUGAAUCAGUCAAGAGAGUGAUUCCUAAAAGUGUAACGGCAUCCAUGAAGCUCAAGGGUUAACUUGCAGGGAGUAUGCCUCAAAAAAUGAUGCCUGACUAAUGAUCUUAAAAUAGUUGACAACCAUGUUCCGUGAACUGGUUAAUAUAUGUUCCCAAAAUGCAGUUCUGCGUUCUAUUAUUUGCAA